AUGCAAGAUAGAAGUAUUGUAUCACGAUCUUACGUUCAAAAUAAGAAUGAUUACAUUAAAAAUUACUCAAAGAUUGAUUUUGAUCUCGAUUUUCCAAUAGUGAAGAAAGAUAGUAAACUAGUAGAUUUCAUCCGCGCUCAAUCUCAUAUGAAAUUACCAACACGGUCAAAAGGAUUUGUUGAUUGCUAUAAUAAUAAAAGUGAAGUAUCAUGUUACGAGAUUGUUCAUGCAUCAGAAGUGAUUAAAAAAUACGAAGAAUCAGUUUCUUCAUUGAAUGCUGACGGAUAUAUCUACGUUGAUGUAAAAAAUUACGAAUUAGAAGAUAGAAUGACGAUGCUUUAUCACGCAUUAGCAAUUGCAAUCGCAACGGAACGCUAUAUUUAUGUAAAUCACAGUUAUUUUCCAUUUAAAUUACCAAGUGUAAUUUUUAACAUCCGAAACGAAAUGCAAGGAACUGUAAUAUCGACAGAUUACACAUUUAGUUGCUCUGAAUUAGGUUACAAAAACAAUAACAUCAUUUUAAAUAAUAUUACGUGGCCACAAGCUAUUUACACUCAUUUUUCGAUUGCUCCCUUCUUAAGAGCCGAAUUUGGGUUCCAUGCUGCCUAUUACUUGGGAAAUUAUUUGUUUGGAUCAAAAAAUCAGCCAGAAAAUAGAUGUCAAAAUUUGAAAAAUGAAUUUGCUGUAGAAGUUAAAGAAUACGAUGAUGACGAGAUGGUGUCAUCAUCAAGAUACUAUCAGAAACUCUGGAGAUGUGGAGUUCCAGAAAAAUUCCAAAUUAUUACUCAUCGAAGUGCGAAAAUACCAGAAAAAGCCAAUUCAACACUUGUUUACGACGAUGAUGAGUCAAAGAAGUGUGGAUUAUAUCAAUUAAUCUCAUCCAAGUACGUUGUUCACACUUUUGGUUCCAGAUUAGGUUGGUGGGCUAUGGCAAUGCAUGGAAAUCGUGGCGGAUUUAUUAAUCCAAUGGAUUUCAUCUGUGUUAAUGUUACUGUAUCUCAAUCUGCAUCAUUAUGGCAUACAUAUACACCAGAAAAAAAGUAUUUGUUUAUUACUAAUAACAGACUUUUUAACUGUGGAAUUAAUUCAUAUGAUGUCAGAUUAUAUAUUGAUUACCUCUUAUGGUAA